CACAAUCGCUUUCCAAGCAGUGGCUGUUGAUUGUCGACGUAACAGUCGGAAUUAUUGUAGUUGUGUUAAGCGUCGACGAUGAGCGGAGGAGAAUUUAUAUCGCCCGGUAGCGCUUAUUACUACAAGGGGAAACCCCGAAACCGGGAAAGCUGCAAGCAAGAUAACUGGAAAUCCUGGUGUCCGCCCAUUAAUGACGUCAUUUCGAGUGACGUACGUAAAGUGCAUGUCGUCACCAAUGACGUAUGUUCGUCGAGAAACGAACUGCAGACCCGGGAAAUCCAACGAAAGCAAGCGAACACAAUAGCUGUCGCGUGUGCUGGUAACAAACGAACGAAAGCUUCCAAGAUGUUUCAGGAUCGAUUUGAGAGAUCCGAAAAGUUUGCGCUUGUAAAAGAGCCCAAGGUUGCAGAUCAAGCGCAAGUGAUAGAACAAGCGCAAGUUACGGAUAAAACGCAGGUGACGGAACAAGCGCAGUUGACGGAACAAGCGCAGUUGACGGAACAAACGCAAGUGACGGAACAAAAAGAGAUUACGCAACGAGCGGAGUUGACGGAUGCGAUUACACAUAGCUUGGGAAGAAAAGAUUUGUUUCCCCCAAUCAAAGCGGAGUUUAAUUCAUGUCCGUUGCCAUGGCGAUACGAGAGUAGUUACGUCACAUCCGGGACAAGACACGAAGAUUUUAACCGCAAAGCUCGCGGUUUUACUGGAAGCUACGCGUCGCCUUAUGGAAGUUACGAAGCGAUGAUCGAGACCGAUGAAUUGUGACAUCAUAAUCAACAACUGUUUAACAGAAUGUUUAAUCGUCGAAAAUAAAAUUUCUUUACAUGGCA